AUGGUGCAUUCUGAUCUUCCGCUCGAGUGGGUGAAACUCUGCCGCUUGUUUAUAUCCAAAGAACUGCCAAACAAUGCAUCGGACGACACAGGCGCGGCGCUUAGUAACUCCGUCCUCUUACUUCUGCAGUCGUAUCCAGGGGACCCUAUGCUGCAAGAAUAUCUGAAGCGUGCCAUUGAAGAGAAUCUGAUAUCUGUCUCCACCUUCAUCUCCACCUUCUUACAAGCAGCUCGGUCAUCAGAACUACAGAAUCCUGCUACUCUCGAUAUGUUAUGCAGAGUCGCCCUGGAUUCCCAUUACUCUUCUGGUGUGCCCCCGAUAGGCUCCGUAGUCCCGUACUCGGAAUCAUCCAUCACCGUACUGGGAACUGUCCAAGAUGCCCUGGCUCUGCUCCGCACCGCUCAUAAUCUGCCGAUGUCCCACUACCACCAGUUAACGACGUCUGCUUCGGAACUUGUUAUCCUUUUACUAUCCUGUGUCACCGACAUGUCCCAAGUCUCGACAGCUCAGGCGAUGGUGGUCUACCAGGACGCAAACGAAAUGCUGCAGACACUUCGACUCAGUUCCGACGUCAGACAAGUGCUAGAGACUUUCGUCAUGUCCUUACACCUGCUCAUGGGAGACGACGCCAAAGCCGCCAGGGAGGCUCAAAUGAUGCAUGCCAUACAAAUGGCUCUUGGGAAGGACAUCCUUGGUCCAAAUUCCGACACGGACAUCGUGACGUGUAGCCUGAUGUUCCAUUACUUUCUAGCUUAUAGGGCUGAUGAGUUCGGCUCCGGUCAUGGCGACCAUGUCGUUGCGAUCUUGCUUCGCGUCUUGCGUUCCACAUCUUGGACGCCUCAGGUAUUCUACACGCAGUUGCUACUCUCUGCGGUGACAUGUCUUGCACAAGCCUCUUCUUCCGGCACCGAGAAACGGGCUGCAUUGCUGUGGAGAGCGUUUGUGACCGCAAGACUUCCCCGACUACUGGCGCAAUUCCAGUCGACUGUUCGCCAUGACAGUACGGAGGAAGCAGAUUGGCGCAUCGCAUUGCAAUUUGCGUUGACAUCUCUUUUUCAAAGAGCCGACCUUCUUGCUCACUGCGACAAUGUCAAUUUCAACAUGGACCCGCUUGAUUCAAUGAAUGAGGGGAUGCAGUCGUCCCGCUUAUUUGCUCGCGAUUUCUUACGGCAACUCGUCACAGAAGGCUUGCUAGACUCAUCCUUCGCUAACAACCUUGACCAAGGUCUUGCCAACGACAACUCGCCUCAAGUACAGACCGAUGCUCAAGAGCUCGGCAUGAACCUCGAGCAUUAUAUCGACAACAGAGUCUCAACGGACCCCAGUCAAUAUGACAGCAGCGCUUUCGUCGAGAAGGUCUGUGGGGAUCCUUCUAGUCAUGCUCCUUUCGCCGAUACCGUUCAUCGCCGGUUCUGCUCUUUGACCUCAUCUUUGGAAGCGGAAGGAUUAAGCAAUCUCUGCAAGCUGUUAUACGUCUACCCUAUUGCAAUGGACCUCGUUUCUUUACACUGCAAGGUGUCCGAUAUGGUGGCCCGUGCAUUAAUGUUCCUAGAAGAGUAUGAUUGUGAGAGCGUCGGUGACCCCCAGACGGCUGUGAGCCAUCUCGGGGACGUAGUCCUCUUCUUGCAGUCCACUAUAGCUCAGUUCCAAAUAAGCAGUCGCGAAUUCAAACUGCGAGAGCGUACCCUUCGCCUCGAGUUCCUUAUUACGCCUUCUAUCCAGCAGAUAGAUCAACUGGCCAGGGAAGAUUCCAACGCGUUUUACUCUUGGUUUAAAGCGCUCUUCGACAGUAAUAGCGAAGGUAUAGAGGACACUAUCCUCAGAACCACACGCCCGAAGACACUCCUGCGCCUGGCCCCGUUACUAUUCUUACAUGCCAUUGCAUUUCACAUUCAGAAUCAGAUGGAUAAGGAUGUCCUCAACAAUGGCGUGUCUUACUUUCUCGGACCGCUAUUGCACUGGACUCUCGUCGGCAUAGUAAAGGCUCUCAUAACGGAAAUCCAGCGAAUAGGUUCACAAGCACGAGCGCAUCUGGAAGUCUUACAGAUCCUACUUACGUCACAGUCAUGUCCGCGUCCCGUCCUGCGUCUAUGUGGCCCCAGUAUUAUGCGGCUCCUAGUCAUCCCUUUGGUACGGGACGUUGCUAAGACCGCGGCUGUCAACUGGCCCAGGCGCUCAUCUGCCACUAACUCAGCUGGAGUCCAAGCGCAUAUGGGCACGGGUAACAUUGUUCCUUGGACAGACCAGCCGCGACAAGCCAUACGAGAAGCGCUAGCCAUGGCGCGCUCCGGCAAAGCUCCCGCGCUGGACGUCGAUCGCUGUCUGCUCGUCUUGCCCUCGGUCAAAUUCCUCCAUCUGCUCUGGUCCGAGCUUCUCGCGGCAUCCUGCGAAGGCGCCAUCGAAGCUUGUAGGCGCAUCGCGACCUUCGUCCUCACCACGCCCAGGGCUUCCAACGGACCGCCCCUGAUGCCGACAUUCCUUCACGUUGUCUUACCUUCGUUGAUCACGUCCGUAGAUCAACAGUCCCCGGCGAACCAGACCAUGAGUAUGGAACUGAUGGUCUCCGUUAUCUCGUAUGCUCUCACUGCUUCACUCCACACAGAGUGGGCUCUGCACACCGUGUGCGGGGAUGACCGGCCGGUUCUCGGGCAAUCCACAGCUGGUAUGGCCAAGCGCUUGUCGAGUGAGCUGCGGCGCAGAAAGAACAGCCCCACUGCCGGGGUCAUUUCCCAGCGUUUGUCGUCCUCUUCAUCAUUCGUAGCAAAUUUCCCCAUGUUCAUGGCAGAAACAUAA